UCUCUCUCUCUCUCUCUCUCUCUCUCUCUCUCUCCCUGCUCUGUUUAUUUGCUCAAAGGAUUUCAAGAGAAAACAACAUAUAUAUGUAUAUGUAUAUAUAUAUAUAUACCUUGAAAUCCUCCCACUCUUUCUCUUUCUCUCUCUAGCUCGCACACUCUCAUAAACACACAAACCCUCCUCUUUCAUGCUUUUUCUUUUUCUUUCUCUGCCUCUCUAAAACCUCUGCAUAUUACAGAAUCGUUGCAGAAAGUUUUUUGUCUCAGAUCCCGAUAUAUUAUUAUCAUCAUUAUUAUUAACCCUUUGGCUCUCUCUCUCUCUCUCUCUCUCUGUUUCUUUUUGACGCCAUUAACGAGGAAAAACCAUCUUGUUUUUCCUCCCUCCUCAUUUAACGUCGUCAAAAGCCCAUAAGGGUCUCUUUCACUCUCCUCGAAACUCCAAUUCUUUAUACAUAAACAAUUAACCAUUCAAUUCUUUUCCUUUGUCUUUCUCUUUGAUUCUUGUUUGUGUACGUAUAAGCUCUCUUUUGUUUCUAUCUCCUCACCUUCAUUCUGAGCAUAAAGGUUUUAGCUUUAUAGGAGAUGCAAGAGGCGGGUUUAGGCAUGAUGGGUAGUACCAGUAGUGGUGUCGGCGGUGGAGGUGAACUUUCCGGCGGUGACCAGAACCGGCAACUGAAGGCGGAGAUAGGGACACACCCUCUGUACGAGCAGCUCCUAGCGGCACACGUCUCGUGUCUCCGCGUUGCCACACCGAUCGAUCAGCUACCUCUGAUUGAUGCUCAGUUGUCGCAGUCUCAUCACCAUCUCAGAUCCUAUGCUUCGCAGCACCACCACCACUCGUUACCUCCCCAUGAAAGGCAAGAACUUGAUGAGUUUUUGGCUCAGUACUUGAUAGUUUUAUGUACGUUCAAAGAACAGCUUCAACAGCAUGUCAGAGUUCAUGCCGUCGAAGCUGUCAUGGCUUGCCGGGAAAUUGAAAAUAAUCUACAUGCUCUAACUGGAGUGGGUUUGGGUGAAGGAAGUGGUGCAACAAUGUCAGAUGAUGAAGAGGAAGUACAGAUGGAUUUCUCAUUGGAUCAAUCAGGAGGUGAUGGACAUGAUUUGAUGGGUUUUGGUCCUCUGCUCCCAACAGAAUCUGAAAGGUCUCUAAUGGAGAGAGUCAGACAAGAACUCAAGAUUGAACUCAAACAGGGUUUCAAAUCAAAAAUUGAAGAUGUUAGGGAGGAGAUUCUGAGAAAAAGAAGAGCUGGAAAAUUACCAGGAGACACAACAACAGUGCUCAAAAACUGGUGGCAGCAACACUCGAAAUGGCCCUAUCCAACUGAAGAUGACAAAGCAAAACUAGUGGAGGAGACAGGGUUGCAGCUGAAGCAAAUAAAUAACUGGUUCAUCAACCAAAGGAAACGCAACUGGCAUAGCAACUCCAAUUCUGUAACCUCUUUGAAGUCAAAGCGCAAGAGGUAGAGCUCCAUGUCACCAUGUCCACGUAUAUAUAUGUAUAUCAUGUGGGCGUGUAUAUACUUGUUCAGGCUAACUUUUCAUCAAGUGAUUUCAAAGCUGAAAAUUAGAUGAUUGCCAAAGCAGUUGGCAGCAGGAUAUAGGAUUUUUCAUAGAUAUAUGUAUCUGGGUACAUACAUAUAUCAGUAAUUAGCAGAUUGACAUUCCUAAGUUGCAAGUAUAAACCCUUUGAGCACUUAAUUUGGGUCCCCUUAACCGGCCCUGUAAUGCAAACAAUUUUUGUUCAAAUUUGAUUAAAA